AUGGAUAACGAAGAUAAUAAAUCGAAUGAAUCGGUUGACAUCGAGAUUGUGAAAACCGAAGAUAAAGAAAAGUCAUUUCCCCUUUUUGACAACGAUCAUUUUGAAAUAAAUAAAAGUGAUGAAGAAUAUGAUCUCGAAAAUGACAGUGAAAUGGAUAAUCAAGAUGAAGAAGAUGAGGUCAUACCCAAUGAUGAAGCUGAAUUAUCCAGCAACAUUUCAUAUGAUGACAUGAACAGUAAUGAAGAAGAAGAAGAAGAGGAAGAAGAAGAAGAGGGAGAAAUUGAAGAAGAGGGAGAGGGCGAAAACAAAUUAAGAGAUAUGGGGAAAAAAAUGAAAAAUAUUGUUGGGAGAAAAAAAAAAUAUUUAAAUAAAAAAGAAAAUAUAUAUUAUGAUGGUUUAGGUAUAUAUAAAAAUGAUCAAAUGAUGAAUAAUGAUGAUAUAGAAGAUCGAAUAAAAUAUUUAUUAUUAUUAUUGAGUGAUCCAGAAAAAUUAAAUAAUCCAAAUUUAAUAAAAAUAGAAAAACGUGAAAUAAUUAAAGAAAUACUUUAUUAUUAUUCUUAUUAUUAUGAAUAUACAAAGGAAAUGAUAAAAUAUUUAUAUUACUUAUUUGAUAUAAAAGAAUUAUAUUUAUUUUUAGAAAUUAAUAAUAUGCCUAAAGAAAUACAUUUAAGAACUAAUACGUUAAAAAUAACUAGAACAAAUUUAUUAAAAAUAUUAAAAAAUAAAAAUAUAGCAAUACAAGAUGGAUCCAAUUGGAAUAAUGUAGAUAUAACAUUAACAGAUACAAGUUCAAAUGUCGGAUCAUUAAAUGAAUAUUUAUAUGGAUAUUAUAUUAUACAAUCUUCUUCAUCUUUAAUUCCAGUCUUAGAAUUAAAUAUAAAAGAAAACGAAUUAGUAUUAGAUAUGUGCGCAGCGCCUGGAGGAAAAUGCACAUUUAUAUGUACAAUACAAAAAAAUAAAGGAAUAGUAUAUGCUAAUGAUAUUAAUAAAUUGCGAUGUAAAGCUAUAGAAGCACAUGCUGCAAGAAUGGGAAUAAAUAAUUUAAUUAUUACAUCUUUUGAUUCCUUAAAAAUUAACAAAUAUUUUAAAUUUAAAUUUGAUAAAAUAUUAUUAGAUGCCCCUUGUAGUGGUACUGGUGUUGUAAAUAAAAAUAAAAAUGCGAGAAGAAAAACAAUUAAAGAAAUAAGAGAUCUUUCUCAAAAACAAAGAAAAUUAUUAAAUAAUGCCAUUGAUAUGGUUAAAAAUGGAGGUAUUGUUAUAUAUUCAACUUGUAGUAUAACAGUUGAAGAAAAUGAACAAGUUAUUAAUUAUAUUUUAAAAAAGAGAGAUGUGAAUCUUUUACCAAUUGAUAUAAAUAUAGGUGAUCCAGGAAUAAUUCAUUAUAGAAAAAAACAAUUUUCAUCAAAAAUUUCUCUAUGUAAAAGAAUAUAUUUGCAUAAACAUAAUCACGACAAUUUCUUUGUUGCAAAACUUGUGAAACGCUCAAAUGCUAAGUUAGGGCAAAAAGGAGACGAAAAACAAAAUCAUGAAACAAAUAUAAAAUCUGCAAAAGUUAAAAAAAAGAAUAAUAAAAAUGCCAACGAACAGAAUAAGGAUGAUAAUAAUGAAGAAAAAAGGACCCUACAUAAUAACAAAAUGGGGGAAAAAAAUAAACAUCUGAAAAAAAAAAUAAAUAAAGCCUUCGAAAAUAUGGGAAGAGGAGAAAGAGAUACUAGCAAUGAUCAAAAAAAAGUUCUCAAAAAAGGCUUUAGGCAAAAUAAUGAAAAAAAAAAAAAAUUUUUAAAUAAAAAUAAAUUUAAUGGAAAUAAUAAGAGGGGUGGUAAAAACUCCAAAAAAGGGCUUAAGUCACAUUAA